UGCCCAAGUAAGCUUUGCGACCGUCCCUCCUUUGGGCGCUACUUAGCCACUAGAGCACGAGUCGAGAGGCUUUCCCUGCGACGCUCCGCCCUCAAUCCCGGAAGGGAAGCGAAGCGAGUGCCCGGCUUCGGCCUUCAGCGCAGCCAAAGCCCUUGAAAGGGACGGACAAAUGGAGGGUGCUGCUAAGGGGCUCUGAGGCUCCGAGAAAACCGCCUCUUUUGAGGGGGAGAGGAGGGGUGUCGAAUGGGUUAUAAAGAGACCCACCCCCGCGGUCGCAAGCCCCUUUCUUCCCGCGCCCCCUUUGAGCCCCUUCGCCCGCGUCUGAGUUCUCUCGGUUUCGGGGAAGGCAGAACUUGAAGAAGGACGAGCUGUAAAACUUUCGGCCCCUCCUCCUCGUCCGCCGCCUGGGGCGUCUGGUCUCAGCCGUUUCCCCGGGCCGGAUGGGUUCAUUCCCACGUUGGUGAUAUCAAAACUCAACGAUAGAGAGAUGGCUUCCUUUGGUGGCUCAAGAAACUGUAUUUUAAUUCAGUUGGCAUCUUCACUUAAUUGGGGAAAACGCGUUAAUCCUUACACAUUUUCCAAUAAAGCUUUAAAUGUAGCCCAGCAUCAAUUGACAAAGUGCCAAGCAUGGAAUAAAAAGAACAUUAGAUUUUAUUUGUGGAGAGACAAUUCCAGAAUCUAUGAAAACAUCAUGAAUAGAACCCACAGAUGGCCUCUGGAUCCUAAAAACGUAGAAAUAUGUACAACCAGAUGCAGCUAUUUUAGAAGGCCUUGUAUACUCACUCAGCAAAAAGCAAGAAGAAAAGGUGUAUUAUUUGAAGCUACUAUGUCUCAAAGAUUACAAGACAUUUCUACUCAGACUAUCCAGACCUUCAGAUGCUUUCACGGAUCAUCAAUACUGAAAGCUGCUCCAGCUCCACUCUUACUGAUGAUCUUGAAACCAGUACAAAAGCUUUUUGCUAUCAUCCUUGGGAGGAGCAUAAGAAAAUGGUGGCGUGCACUUCCUCCAAACAAGAAGGAGUUAUUUAAAGAAGCUGUGAGAAGAAAUAAAUUGAAGAUAACCCUUGGAAUUUCGAGCUUAGGAGUUAUAUUUAUCCUUUUUUAUUUUACACAUUUGGAAGAGACACCAAUAACUGGACGCACUCGGCUUGUAGUAUUUCACAAGGAUCAGUUUGCAGAAAUGACAGAAAUUGAGUAUAACAUGUGGAUGCUACAGUUUCAGAAUAAAAUGUUGCCAGAAAAAGAUCCCCGUUACCAGGUGGUUAAGAAAGUUGUCACUCAUUUAACUGAAAGCAACAAGGACAUUCCAGGAUUCUCUGAAUUUACCUGGACUAUCCAUGUGGUAGAAGAGCCUAACAUUAAUGCUUUUGUACUUCCAAAUGGACAAGUGUUCGUUUUCACUGGUUUGCUAAAUGCCGUGUCAGAUAUCAAUCAGCUCUCAUUCAUUUUGGGACAUGAAAUUGCUCAUGUUAUUCUGGGACAUGCUGCAGAAAAGGCAAGUCUGAUGCACUUCCUGGACUUCUUCUCCCUCAUUCUCCUCACCAUGAUUUGGGCUGUCUCUCCUCGAGACAGUUUAGCUGUGAUAGGCCAGUGGAUCCAGAGCAGGUUUCAAGAGUUACUUUUUGAUAUGCCAUACAAUAGGACUUUAGAAGCUGAGGCUGACAAGGUUGGACUUAGGUUUGCUGCUAAGGCUUGUAUGGAUGUAAGAGCCAGUUCUGUCUUCUGGCAGCAAAUGGAACUGGCUAAGACGCUACAGAACGAACCCCAAUUACCAGAAUGGCUUUCUACACACCCAUCACACGAAAAUCGAGCUGAACAAUUAGACAGACUGAUACCAGAGGCACUUAAAAUAAGGGAAAGUUGCAACUGCCCAUCUUUGCCUGGUCAGGAUCCACGCCUUAUAUUCAAACUGAGUAUGCAGCAUCUCUUGCAAGCAUCUGAAAGUCAAAAAACCCCAAAUAUUACUCCUCAUGGUUCUGCGCCCCCUAACAUUAAACUUCCAUUUGCAAAAAAGGAAACAGUGCCAGUAGACCAUGUCACUGGGAAAUAACACCCCGGAUGAAAGCCAAAAUAUUUCUGGAUACUUUUUAUCCAAAUGCUCAUCACAUGGCGGAUCCUAUGCCAUAGGUUUUUGUACAAACAUUUGAUGACAACAUGAAGAGAGAAAGAUGUGAAUCAUGACUGAUUUCUUCCCCAAUCCUAAUGUGGAUAAGAAACAUGAUGUUUGGAUGGAUUGACAGAAGAUGGCUUCUUAUACACAGGGUUGUCAUUCAUUCCUCUUUGGAGUUGCCUGAAACUUGCUCCAUAGAAGUGUAGAUUCUACUUAUAUAACAAGAUAUCUACCAAGGGCUGUCGCACCAGAUGUUGAAAAACAAAGAAAUAAUUGUCCAAUUUUU